AUGGACAUUCACCAAUAUGUUCUCCAGAGGAAGAUCGAGCAAGGUCGCGUUCAUUGCAUCAUUCAAGACCCCGAAGCGAAAGUCCAUCCCAAAGCCUCACUCGAAGUCCCUUUCAUGGACGACGAGAUCGUUAUCGCUCAAGCACCCAAUCCCGAUCCGUUUCUCGCGGCAGAACCCGAUCUCGCAGUCGCAGCCGCAGCCGCAGUCGAGCUGAUCACCGCUACCACACUCGAAGCGAAAGCCGCUCCCGUACUCCAAGCUCUAAUCCUCCGAGAAGUUCUAAGGCUUGUACGACUCAUCCUUGAUCUUUAUUAUGAUCCCUUGAGUAAUCCACCUGACACUUCUCUAGUCUUGACAAACAGGGGAACCGCCUAUAUUCUUUACUAUGACCCCGCUGACGCCGAGGCAGCCAUCGCUCAUAUGCAUGAGGCUCAGCUCGACGGGGCUAUUCUGAAUGUUUCGAUUGUUCUCCCCCGCCGCAAAUUUUCACGUUCGCCACCCCCUGCAUCGACUCGAGGGAAUGGAAGCCGCCUGAGAUACGGCCGAGGACCAUAUAUGGCCCCAUCAUCUCCGCCUAGGCGACAUGGGGGUGGUCGACCAACCGAACGGCAUGACAUCUAUAGACCUCAGUCUGCAUCAAGAUCACGGUCUCCUGUUCGCUCUCGGUCAUACUCUCGGUCUCGGUCACCGCCACUACGCAGAGACAAUUCUCACAUAGACUCGCGGCACCGCAGGCGUCGAAGCCCAAGCUACAGCAGCUAUGGUCACAGCAGUCGAAGUCGCAGUCCGAACCGAGAUCGAGGCCGCAAUCGAUAUUAG